AUUUAGCCCUUCUGGUAGUGUGGUUACUGUAAAUGAGCGGUACAGGUCAAAAAGCGAGUCUCCAUGGCGAAUGGAUGAACCCAAGCAACCUAGUUCCCAGGUGGAAGACUCUGCGAUAGUUGGAGUGAGCGGCUACGUUGAAUAUCUCCGUGAACAAGAAGUAUCCGAGCGGUGGUUUCGCUACAACCCACGUCUCACCUGCAUCUACUGCGCCAAAUCUUUCAACCAGAAGGGCAGCCUGGACCGGCACAUGCGACUCCACAUGGGCAUCACGCCCUUUGUUUGCCGUAUGUGUGGCAAGAAGUAUACCCGCAAAGAUCAGCUGGAGUACCACAUCCGCAAACACACGGGUAACAAGCCCUUUCAUUGUCACGUCUGCGGGAAGAGCUUCCCCUUCCAGGCCAUCCUCAAUCAGCACUUUCGUAAGAAUCACCCGGGCUGCUUGCCUCUGGAGGGGCCGCACAGCAUCUCCCCCGAGACCACGGUCACCUCGCGAGGGCAGGCAGAGGAAGAGUCUCCACUUCGGGAGGAAGCUGGUGUUGUGGGGGAGACAGCGCAGGGGUCUGUGUCCACUACUGGCCCAGACUGA